CUUUUAGUGACAAAGAUGAAAAGUAAUACUGCAUUGAAGAUAUUAAACCCAAGUCCGCACCGAUCCGUAAACAACACUCCGUCCUCACCCAGCCACCCUAGCUCCUUCCUUAACAAAAGACUUAAGGUGCUGACCCACCAGAGCUACGAGCGCUUGCAAAGAAUGGAAGACCAUAAGAACAAGUUAUUAAUAUUAGAAGCAGAAGAGGAGUUAGAGAAAAAGAGACAAGAGGAAAAACUUCAGGAGGAGAGAGAAAUGCAGAGGAAAAGUAGAGCGAAAAUUAUUAAACUCAGGUUAAAGGAAAAGCAAACCAGGCUGCCUAAUAUUGUUGUUACGACUUCGGUAGAUAGGAAUAUGGAAACUCCUUUGUAUCAAAGAUUUGAGGAAGAGUUUAAGAAAAAGGAGCUUCCUCAGAUAAAGGAAAGGCAGAAAAUCUUAAAGACUAUCAAACAGGAAAGAAACACUCCAAUGCGGAUUAAUGAACUAUUCGAACAUGAAAAAUAAAUACAAGAGUAUGAAGCUCCAGCUGGUAGAAUCUUUAGAAAGGAAGAGGAAAGCUGAAACACCUGUUCAUCAUUAUAAUCCCAAAGCUUACUCCAAUCAUUUCACUGAGCUUGUGAAGAAACUGGAUAUCGAUGCAAGAGAGAAGGAGACAAAGCUGAAACAUUUGAGUUUGGAGAGAUUAAAGAAUGCUAAAAAGCUGUAUCAAAGAAUUAACACUGUGGGGACAGGUACAGCUACCACAAUUACUAAACCCCAAACUACAACAAAUUUUGAUUUGCUAGAAAAUAAACCUAAGAAGAAGGUGAUGAAGCUUACUCUUAGGAGAGGAAGUGACCAAAAUAAUACGAGACAUCAGCAUAUCAAAAGCAAAUUUGCCAAACCUAUAAAUAUCAGAGCUAUCGGAGGCACUCCAGUUAGACAAAGAUCUCCAUUAAUUACCAAACCAAAGCAGGUGAAUAAGAUUAAAAGAAGGAAGAAGUCUCCAAAUAAGGAGAAAGAAAAAGAAAAGGAAAAAGCAUUAAACAGCACCGAAAACUCAAAUACAAAACUAUUCCAAGCAUCAAAAUUCCCUAAAAAGCCAUUUCUCCGUCGAAAAGUCCCAAAAGGCCGUAAAAUCUCAAACAACACAAUAAACCCCAACCGCCAAAAAGACCUCGUAAAAUCCCAACUGGAAAAACUGGACAGAGUAGUCUCCCAAAUCGACAGUUUUCUCAAGACUUCAUCCCCUUGUGAUACUUUUAGUCGUUAAGUUCUUAACCUG